AUGCGCAUGACUUGGAACGGAGACAGUAACGCCAAGCUCUUCCUGGGAGUUUUGAGCCAGAUCAAAGACCACAAGCUGAAGCUGGACUACAAAGAGCUGUCCGAAUACAUGGGACCGGAAUGCUCCGUGCGUGCUGUCCAGCAGCAGAUUGACAAGCUCAGGAAGCAGGUCGAGGAGCAGGACGGUGCUGCCAAUGGCGAUGCCGCUACCUCUCCCAAGCCAAGCACCCCCAGCAAACGCAAGUAUGGAAAGGACAAUGGCACCCCCGGGACUCCUUCUAAGAAGACCAAGGGAGGCCAGGAAAAGGGCACUGCUUAGGCCUUACCACUCCUCUCUCUGCCAUUAGUAUGUUGGUGGAACUUUGAUCCGAUAAUACUGGAAUCAGGUCUUGGCCAGCCUAUCAGGACACGGUAUCUGGUGAUCAAUAUUAAGG